GGGUUUAGCGUCAGUUUGUCGAGGGCUUUCUCAUGAAGAUCAUCUCCGGGGGUUGAAUUUCGUAGCUCCAGAUCAGAAUGCUACCCUACAGCAUUGCUCUUCUCCGGGCCUGGGGUGUCUGGGUGCCCCAGGAUUGGUGGCCAACCUGGAGGAAGAAAUUAUACCCCGCAUACACUGUCUUCAUAAUCUGCUUCGUUUACGCGAAUACUCUAUCGCAGAUAAUCGAUCUCUUCACGACUUACGAGAGUCUCAAAGGAUUCAUCAAUAAAUCGUUCAUACUUCUGUCGACAAUUGCCGGAGGAGUGAAGGGUACCCAUUGCAUUCUGCACAGACAGCAGUUCAUCAAUCUGGCCAAGACCCUGGACUCCUACCCAUGUCGACCUGAAACCCCAGAAGAACAGAUGAUCCAAGACGAAUUCAAGAAGAAGAUCAAAUUCAUGAAUAGACGAUACAUUACGAUGCACCUCUUCACGAUAACGACCUUGACGAUAGCUAGUGUUCUGAGGGACGUACCUAAGGGUGAGCUCUACUACAAGGCCUGGAUACCCUUCAAUUACACAUCACCCUCGCGAUUUUGGCCUGCGUACGUUCACCAAGUAAUUGCGCACUACUUCGAUCUCUGCAUGCAUGCAGGAUAUGACACCCUAGCACCAGGAAUGAUGAUCCACGGAUGCGCCCAAUUCGCCAUCCUAGGGCACCGGUUCCGGGCGAUACCGGAACACAUCAAAGGACGACUCCAACACUCCGACCAUAUCCAGUAUAGAGAGCUCAAGGCCUUGGAGAAAAAAAAACUAACCGAAUGCGUUCGACAUCAUCUUCAAAUAUUUGAAUUCGCGAAGACGAAUAAUGGAAUAUUUAGUGGUAUGAUUUUCAUGCAGUACACCGUGAGUUCAUUGGUACUUUGCAUGAGUACAUUACGACUGUCGCAGAUGAGAGCCUUCAGUCCAACUUUACUCUCCAUUUUUUUGUACUUCUUGAGCAUGAUUGUCCAGAUUUUCAUGCCGUGCUUCUCCGGAAAUCAAAUUACCAUUGCUAGCGAAAAACUCUGCGACGAGAUUUACGGUAUGGACUGGACAGUUCUCAGUACAUCAACUAAAAGAAGUUUGACAUUGAUAAUAACUAGGGCCCAAAAACCGUUGAGAUUCACCAGUGGCUACAUCCUCACUCUGUCCAUCGAAUCCUUCAACAGUGUUGUGAAAACCUCGUACUCAGCAUUCAACGUUCUCCACGGUUCCUCGGAAUUCUGAAGUUUCUCCCAUGAAGCCCCAGAAAAUAGUAGACUCCAGUGUAAAAAUUUCGAAUUGUAACAUAUAGUUGUCAAGAAAUAAUAUAAUAA